AUGUCGGACGUUGACAUGAAGGAAGAUUACGACAUGAAUUAUGAGGAUGGGGACGGGCAAGAAGAAGUGGAAGAAGUGCCCGAAGCGAAGAAAAAGGUUUACGUCCCCGGGGUCAGCCGAGCACUACAAGAGGGCGAGGAGCUCGAGUUCGACCCCGAAGCCUACAAGCUGUUUCACACUUUUAAUACAAACUGGCCGUGCCUGUCGUUUGACGUUGUGCGCGACAACCUGGGCGAUGCACGCGAUAAAUGGCCGAUGGAGAUGUACAUCGCCUCCGGCACGCAAGCCGAAAAGCCCAAGCUCAACGAGAUUUUCGUGCUCGGCGUCAAGAACUUGAUCGGGAAUGAUGCGAAAGACGACGACGCGUCUUCAUCAGACGACAGCGACGAUGAGGGCGAGGAAAAAGAAGAUAAGCAAGCCAUCCUGCACUCCGUCUCCAUCCCCCACUUCGGAGACGUCAAUCGGACGAAGACCGCACGCCUUGGAGACGCCAACGUGCUCGCCGUGUGGAAUGGGCAGGGCAAGGUGCAAUUGUGGAAUAUUACAGAAGCCCUAAACAUGGCCAGCCAAAUGACGGGCAAAUCGGACAACAAGGUGCUCAAGGACCAGAAGCCGCUGUUCUCCUUCUCCGGCCACAACAACCAGGGAUACGCGCUCGCGUGGAACCCGCAGGAAUUGGGCCAAUUGGCGUCCGGCGGCCAAGAUCGCAGCAUUUUCAACUACCACAUGCAGGAGGGCGGCUCGUGGGUCGUCGAUUCGAAGCCGUUGCGUGGCCACACGAACUUCGUCGAGGACGUGCAGUGGAGCCCGGCCGACAAGUCGAUCCUCAUAUCGUGCAGCGGCGAUCAAACAGUUCGGUUAUGGGACACGAGGAUACCGGCAAAGGAUGCGUGCAUCUGCGUCGUCGAGAAUGCGCACGAUGACGACGUGAAUGUGCUGUCGUGGAACCCGAGCCCGAUGAACCCCUUCAUCCUGACCGGCGGCGACGAUGCGGCGCUCAAGAUUUGGAGUCUUCCAAGUCUGCGGGCGGGCCAACCGGUGGCCGUGUUCAAGCACCACACGAAGCCGAUCACCUCCGUCGAAUGGCAUCCCAGCGACGACACGACGUUCAUGGCCUCGUCGGAAGACGACCAGGUCUCCAUUUGGGAUGUCGCCAUGGAGGCCGACUCCGCCGCCGACGAGAUUGACGGCGUGCCCUCGCAGCUGCUCUUCCUACACUGCGGACAAUCGGAGGUCAAAGAGGUCCAUUGGCACCCCCAGUGCCCGGGUGUCGCCAUCUCCACCGCGUUCGACUUCAACAUCUUCAAGCCGAUCAAUUGU